AUGCUUAGUCGGAGUCAGGUGGGGUUUUGGUUGGUUUCCCAAUUUAUUGGGAUUCCUGGCAAAGAUUUUGCUAAUUUGUGUGCAGGCAAAGGUACUACUCUCAAGAACGAAUUACAACAUGGUUCAGGAAUUGAUGACGAUCUACCGUGGAGAAUAAAACGGAGUGAAGAGGACGUUCAAUGUUCUGGGGGAGGUUGCGGAGCGAUUCAAAAAUCAACCGAAUUCAUCUUGGCCAGCGACAGCAACGUGAUACUAGUGGUUAACUUUCAACCGACGAGGCAGCGACGGCUUUCGCCUUUCCAGCAGUGGUUUUAA